GCGGAGUCGAAUCGAGCGCGGAAGCACAUUUUCAAGUCGUUGUCUCACUCUUGUGUGAGCCGGAGAACAGACCUGCAAUUGGGCACAACUUUGACACGAUUCCGGAAAAACUUGCCUCCGUACUUCAUCGAUUGCGGACUUCCGAAGCUCUCGAUACGCCCAGAUAGCCAACCACACACAUCCACCAUGGCCAAGAAAGCGAUACAAAAGGACCAAAUCGUCAAGCUCAUAGUCGGCGCCGGCCAGGCCUCGCCGUCGCCGCCCGUCGGUCCGGCCUUGGGUAGUAAGGGAGUGAAGAGCAUGGAUUUCUGCAAAGAAUUCAACGCGCGAACGGCACACUACAAUCCCGGCACGCCCAUCCCUGCCCGCAUCACUGUGCGCCCCGAUCGCUCGUUCCACUUCAGCCUGCGCACGCCGCCGACCGCAACACUGCUUCUGUCCGCGGCAGGCGUGGCGCCGACGAAGAGCAAGAUCCGCGGCGCAGGAAACGUCCCGGGGCCGAUGAACAACCACGACGGGCAGAAGGGGAAGACGAGUACGAACAGCCCGACGGUAGGGAAUGCCGUGUUGGGCACAGUGGGCACAAUCAGCUUGAAGCACGUCUAUGAGAUUGCGCAGAUCAAGCACAGUGAGACGCGGCUUUCGGGGCUGAGCCUCGAAGGGAUUGCGAGGAGUAUUGUAGGGCAGGCGGGGAGUUUGGGGGUUGUAGUCGUCCCGUGAGUGUGCAAGGGCGGCUGAGGAUAUGUACGAUUGAACGUGUGGUCUGGCGCAGGACUUUUCUAGUCGCAUUGGGUUGGAGUUCUGUGCAGAACUCGCAAUCGUUGGAAACGCAUAGCGGCCUGUAUGAGGUCUGUACGAGAUGUGUAUAUCUACGGUGGAGGAAUCCGAUUGGAGGCAUCGCAAUAGCGUCUCCCAAUGCGCGUGUCAACAAUAUGGCAAUGACGAUUUUCUCGACUAAUCCGUACAUUCGUAAAUAUCGUGCUCGGUCUUAACGCAUGCUCAUCUCAAGUUGAGGGUGCUGUUGGACCAAAAGGUUGUUAGUGGAUAAGAAUAACGAUCGUCCUACGACCCCUUAUGCGAAUCCGUACACG